ACCACCACACCGCUCUGUUUUCCAUCAUUUUUUUUGGGUCUUCUUCUCCGACGAACCAAAACGCCAUGGACAAAGACGGCCCCUCUGCUCCUCGCCGGAAGGGAAGGUUCAAGCCCAGAGCUCAACCCAGAAGGCCCAACCCUACCACUGAGGUUGAAGAUGCUGAGAAGGAAGAAAGAGAAGCCAAGGCUCUGCUUCGAAAGUUCCAGGAGAAUCGGGCGAGACGUGCGCCUAAAGCCGAAAAAAAAUCAGCAGCUGCUGUGGAAGUGGCAUUUGGUCCUGGAGCUCAAUCAUCAAGCUCCCUGAGGACGUAUGGGGUACCAAAGUUAGAAAAUCUUGAUCAAGGGAGUAGCUUAGGAGUGAAAGGCUAUGACGGUCAUAAGAUUCUGUCAUCUUCACCUUUGGCUACCGGUGGAGCUGGAACUGAUGCGCCUAUGGACAUUGAUACUGCGGAUGCAUCCAUUUCAAAUGUCAAGAAUCAUUAUGUAGAGAUUUGGGAUUAUGAGAACAGCAAAUAUCCUAUUAGUCUUCCACUGAGGAAGCCCUACUCUGGAGACCCAGACAUUCUUAAUGAGAAGGAGUUUGUUGAGGAUGCUGCAAAGGAGUAUGACGAGAGUACUAUAAACUGUGCUUCAGAACUCGGGCUGCUGGAGCAAAAUCCGAAAGAGAAGUUGCUCUUUGUUCAGCUGCCUCCUACUUUACCAUUGGUCAAGCGAUCUACUAGUGCAAAGGGGAAAGAGAAAGUCGGAAGCUCAACACCAUCUGAGAAGGUAGGUGCUGCAAAGAAGAGUGGUGGUUUGGAAGAGUUAUCUGAGGGGUAUAUGGGGAAGAUGCUGGUUUACAAGAGUGGAGCAGUCAAGUUCAAGCUAGGAGAUGCACUGUAUGACGUUUCACCCGGUUCAGAUUGUGUGUUUGCUCAAGAUAUUGCUGCAAUCAACACUGCAGCGAGAAAGUGUUGUGUUCUUGGAGAGCUCGGCCAGCGAGUUGUUGUAACUCCUGACGUGGAUUCCCUACUAGACGCAACAAUCGAGUUGGAGUGAGGUUUUAGCUAGUGGAACUGUGGGAGGUUGUGCAAAUAAGAAUCCUGGUAUUGGUAGAUAUGUAAAUGCACGCAUGUUAAUAGAGACUAGAGUGACAAACGCUGAGCUACUGAGCUAGUGUGCUGCGUGGAAUGUAAAGAGUCAUAACGUGUAGGCCUGUAGGGUGCAUAAUGCAUUGAGAUUUUGUAUGUGAUACCUGAUCUAGCUAGUAUGGUCUUUGCCUCAUUUUUCUGGGAAAAUAGAAAAGCUAUUAUCGAUCUCUUAUUAUCAUC